GGCAGGCAGACGCUACAACAUCCAGCAGCAUGGCGGAUGUGUGUGGUCCCGGUCCAGAGGAGACUUUAGCGGGAGACCAGGGGGGUUCCGCGGCGGGAGGAGACGGUGAAGCACCGGCGGCUGCUGCGCGGGACUUACCCGUGUGUCUGAUCGUGCUGGGGAUGGCGGGGUCCGGGAAAACCACUUUCGUUCAGAGGCUGACAGCUUACCUUCACUCUCGGAAAGCUCCUCCAUACGUCAUCAACCUGGACCCUGCCGUCCACGAGGUCCCCUUCCCUGCAAACAUCGACAUCCGGGACACUGUGAACUACAAGGAGGUGAUGAAGCAGUACGGCCUCGGACCGAACGGAGGCAUCGUGACGUCGCUCAACCUGUUUGCUACGCGCUUUGAUCAGGUGAUGCAGUUCAUAGAGAAGAAGCAGCACGAUCACAGGUACGUGUUGAUUGACACCCCGGGUCAGAUUGAAGUCUUCACGUGGUCGGCGUCUGGAACCAUCAUCACAGAGACUCUGGCGUCGUCUUUCCCCUGUGUGGUGAUCUAUGUGAUGGACACGUCCCGCAGCGUCAGCCCUGUCACCUUCAUGUCCAACAUGCUCUACGCCUGCAGUAUUCUCUACAAGACCAAGCUGCCCUUCAUCGUCGCCAUGAACAAGACGGACAUCAUCGACCACAGCUUUGCGGUGGAGUGGAUGCAGGACUUUGAGGUUUUUCAGGACGCUCUGAACCAGGAGACGUCGUAUGUGAGCAACCUGACGCGAUCCAUGAGUCUGGUGCUGGACGAGUUCUACACCAACCUCAGGGUGGUGGGCGUGUCCGCAGUGGCAGGAACGGGAUUGGACGAGCUGUUUGUUCAGGUGGAGGACGCCGCCAAGGAGUAUGACAGAGACUAUCGUCCAGAAUACGAGAGACUCCGCAAACAGCUAGCCGAUGCUCAGAGCCUGAAGCAGCAGCAGCAGCUGGAGCGUCUCAGGAAGGACCUCGGAGCCGUCAACAUCACCAAGACACCUGCUACAGAGGACCUGCACAUCGCUGGACCCAGUGACCUCAUCAUGACCCGUGGUAGCCGUGAUGAUGACGAGGAGGAAGAAGAAGAUGAGGACAGUGACACGGACGAUAUUGACCACAACGUGACGGAGGAGAGCAAAGAGGGCGAUGCUUUCGGAAACUUCCUGAAGGAUAGGAAGGAAGUGAUUCAGGUCCGAAACAGGAAGGAUGCGAUACCAGACGGACACUGACCUCUGACCUCUGCAACAUGAAUGUGACCUGAGCUUUGAGUGAACGGUUUCCCUCGCUGUGGUACAGACUAUUACCUGGAGCAGAUACUGUGGAUGUACAGAUGUUGGACGACAUUUAUCUGAGCGGAGCUUCCUGUCUGAUCAGGUGGCCUCUGACCCUGUGAUUGGCUGCUCCUCAGUCCUUCCUCAUUAUAUAAGUUAUAUUUUUAUAUCAAAGCAGAAUCUUUUUGUUUUUCUCCACUGUCGGUGUUUGUAAAAGAACUGAAGGAAUCGAAUAAAACUUUUAGUUCAGA